AUGGAAAAGGAUCCACUAAAGGGAAAUGGUAAUUCUAUUCCCUUAACUGUUCCUGCAUCAUAUCAAGCUGUUAAUGAUCAGAUGCAAAAAUCUCAUACAAAUGGGCAAACGGUUUCAAUAAGUUCUGAUGACGAUAUGAUUGACAUAACAACAUCCGGUGUCAGUAACGAUAAUCAAGAUGCAUCUAACCAAGAUGAAGAUUAUUCAGAGCCAGUGCUAGAUUAA